AUGAUUAACAAGCCAACACGCGUGACUAAAACAACUGCAUCCAUUAUCGAUAAUAUUAUUACUAACAAUUACACAAGCGUGGAAUGGCAAAGUGGUAUUAUUAAAACAGAUAUAACUGACCAUUUUCCAGUUUUUCUGAGUAUUAUUGUUAGGUAUAUCAAUGAACGUGUGUUGAUAAAAAAUAAUUUGGUUGCAACAUUUCCAUUGUGGAAAGCAACAUUUUCAUUGUCUUUACUGUUUAAACCAAGCUUUCGUCCAACUGAAGACACAAAUAUAAUUCAUUUGAGUAAUACAAGUACUUAUCAAAGUUAUGGGGAACGAAUUCCUGGUAUUUGGUAUUUUAAAUCAGGAGCUAUAUAUGUUUCUUCUGCAGUCAAUGGUGAUGGUGAUUUCGAUUUUACGACUAAUCCAAUACCAUUAAAUGUGUGGUCAAGUAUUCAAGUAUCGCAAACUGAAACUAAUGGAACCUAUUUAUAUUCAAUAUAUUUAAAUGGAGCAAAUAUUUAUAACACUAUUAACUCUAAGCCGCAAGAAUUUAGUAAUGUCAAUGUGUAUAAUGGAGACCCAAAAUAUGGUUCAAGUUUGUCGUGUUGUUUUGUUAAAGAUCUUAUUGUAAUUAAUGGAAACGAAUAUCCUUGGUUUAAUGCACAAAUUGGUUUCAUUAAUAUUAUUGAAAAUAUAAGUAAAACUAAUGGAGUAUGGUUUCCAAUGAUGACUCGUUUUGCCGGUUGGGAUUCAAUUUUUUGGAAUAAAAGCUACGAAGAUUAUGAAAAUGGUUUUGGUUUGGUAAAUCAACAAUGGAUUGGUUUAAAAAAAAUUAACCAAAUUACAAGCAAUUUUUUUACAGACAUGAGGGUUGAUUAUUUUCUAAGAAAAGACCUUGCGUUCAGUACAAUCUAUAAUAAAGUAUAUGUUGAUUCAAGUAAUAACAACUACAUGUUUAGCUACGAUACUUAUGAUUCAAGAGGAUCAUUGGAACCAGAUUUAUUUAACGCAAAUGGUAUUACGUUCAAAAGUUGCAGUAAUUGGUGGACCCCUGAGUGCAAUCAAGAAUUGACUCCUACAGCUUGUAACUAUAUUUCAUAUGGAUCAACAGAAAAAUUAUUAUCAAUACAGUUUUUUUUGCGAACAAAUGAAAACAGAUCUAAAUAAGAUAUAUACUAUAACAUUUGAUUUUUGAUUUGCUGUUAACACACUUAACACCGAUAAUGCUAUGCACAAGUACAGUAAUAUGAUACGUGUUGAAAAAAAAAAUUAAACUGUGUGUGGAUUUAU